UAGAUGGCGCCACUAUAAACACUUGCCUGCACUAAGACGGGCUCGGGCCGACCACCUGGCCCCGCAAGAAAGCCUAUAGCGGUGCUACAGACUUCGACGAAAAAAAAAAAAAUAAUAAUAAUAAAUGAAAAAAAUAACAUUAAUUAUUACUAUUAUUAUUGCUACUAUUAUUAUCAUCAUUGACAUCAUUAUCACCACCAGCAUCGCUUCCACAGCUAUCAUCACCCUGAAGCAGCGCCCCACGCGUGCUGUCAGCUCCGCCAGACCGCCACACCCACACCACUGUAAAUACCAAACAAAAUCCACGAAACACAACAACACAGCCCCACCGUCGCGCUAAUACAUGAUAAUCACAAACUCACGUAUAAAAAUGAAUACCCACAUCAAAAUCUACCCGAGACUGGCUUUUCAGUGAGCUCACUUCAAUGGGGCCAGAACUGAAGAAGACCACGUAACGCCGGGCAGGCACGGCGCCGCCAGGACGGAAGGGAUUGCUGACACGGCGCUCAGCCACUGUUCUUUUGUCGUUAGAUGCCUCAGGAGCCUCUAUCUGGGGGUCCGUGUGUGUGUGUGUGUGUGUGUGUGUGUGAAAGAGAGAGAGAGAGAGAGAGAGAGAGAGAGGUGAGGAGGUCAGUGCAGUUGCAAGAUCUGGAAUCAUUAGGCCCUUUGCUGGCUGCUCUCGUAGAGUCCUCAGGAGGAAUUUCUUAAGCAGGUCGUCUUGUGUGCUGGGUCAGAUUGGUCUUGUUGACGGAAUACCAGAUGUCAGGGACUUAAGUACUUCAAGCAUUACAAGGUCAAAGGGUAUGACGCAAGGUCGAGGGUUAGGGAUCAGUUUGGUCACCGUUACACACACUGAGUAGUCUUGUACGGUACUGCUACCAUAGUUUUGCGUCAAAAAGUACUGCAAGAAUAAACGGAGAAUGCAGUAAGACCGAGGAUUAUGAGUGAGUUUCGUACCUUGGUGUUUCACGAAAAGUGUGCAAAUAGUUUUAAUUUCAUGUGUGCGUUAUGGCGUCGAAAGGCUACCUUAUCGGCACUGGCUGUCUACAACCAGUCAUAGGCAAAUAAAAAUAUUUGAACAUUUUUUUUCGAGAGGCACUAAGACACGAAGUUCGAAAAAUCUCAUGAAGGAGGCAUGGCAAGGAAGACAAUAAUUAGAUACAUGAUCGUCCGCAUUUACUUCUGAAAUUAUGUGCCCGUCAUUUAUUGCAGGGCAUAGAAUUUCAAAAUAUUUUCAUAGUUUCGCUACUAAGAUUUCUUGAUACUCCCCGCUUGUAAAUCUUGUUACAGGUAGUAAAAAAAUGGACAUUCUGUAUUUGACUUAGUUUUGGGGUAAUUAAGACAAUGACGACUCUGUAACAAGCCUUUUAAAACAUCGUCUUUGUUUCUCACACACGCUUCACACAUCGCUCGACACCAGGUUCCAUUAUUCUUAAUGCCAAUUAUAAGUUUCUUCACUGUCAAACUACGCAGGAAACUUUUCGUUUUACCCGAGGGAGGCAUCAGACUAUCGAGUGGGUAUAUGCAUUCAGGCCUUCACCCGUUCAUAUUGUCCAAGUUGCUUACGGCUGUCAGCACAAUAAUAACAAGGGCUGGCAAGGCUUGAUUCAUACGCGUGUACUCCUGCGAAGAGUUGUAAAUCGAGUCUGUGAACCGACAACGACUAGUUCUCCGCCACACAAGUCAGUCAAUAUCUUUCCUUAUAAGUAUUCAAAUUGAUGGGGCACUCAGUGGUGUUCGUUACGGGCCGAGUAAUCUUUCUACAAAUUGCAAGAUUUUCUUGCCUUCCUAGUCUAGCACGACUGAUUUUGGUGUAAUGUCAUGCCUGGACGAAGUUAUUGAUUCUUUCUCGAGCUAUGAAGCUUCGAGGCCUCGUGAAGACUGCUUCAGUCCGGGCCAGCCACGACUCUCCAGUAUCUUCUGGGCAGUGUUAGCCAGCAGCUUGGUUAGGGAGGACCACGUGCGUUCCUCGGCUGUCAAACCACACCUGAAACUUACCUACCCUGACCUGAGUGAUGGAUUUGUACGCCAAACGUUGUAAGCAAAGCCACUGCCACCUGAGGUCGCUGUAUGUCCCGGCCUCGACAAAUCUCCCAAAAGUUCCGCGGCUAGGGCAGGUGUCACGUACUUCCUCCAAUGAAGUAGCUCCUUCCUCCCCCGACUCGUGCGAUGUUGGGGGGACAGAGUUUAGGGAAGAGAAGUGGGAGGGUUGGCCGCCGCACACGUGCUUCUGCAGCCUCGCCGCGCACACCUGCGUCACACCUGCGGCUCCUCUCCAGCCCCACCGCUGCUCCACACAACAUACACCUCUGAACAGUCUUCGUUAUUGGCACGCAGGAGGCGGCGUGGUGGUAACCAUGCCCAAGAUCCAGAAAUACAAGGCAGCGUCUGCAAAUGAGGAGGCUGGCUUGAGAACCGGCUCCCACCUUCACCCCAAGAGCCGUCCGCUGCCACGCGUCAAGCUGUCCCCCGCCACCAUCUCUGCGAGCCCCGAUGACGGUCAUAACACCCGCACGACCACCAAGUCCCCAACUAACACUGAGGUCACCAACAGUGUCAACAGAAGCCCUAAGACGGUGGUGAAGGUGACAGCACCGGUACCUGCAUCCAACCUGACCAGCAUCAUUAGCGGGGGUGAAGCUGACACUGACACAUCCGCCAACGAAGUCCCCGGAUUGGUCCUUCCCGAGAACACGGUGGAGGUGCACUUCAUUCCCGAUUCUGAGGGUAACAUCACGCGCAUCCCAGGCCGUAAUGACAUCAUUCAACUCCGCCACCAGGGCCGCUUAAUCACUUUGCCUGUGGUGCCUUCAGACGCCGAGCAUGCAAAGACUCAAACCAUCUCACACUCUUACAAAGACACUUCAAUAACGAAACAAGAAUCACCGGUGGAUUUCAGCCCUGGGGGACCCCGUGGCGACCCUCUGCUAGCAAGGACCGCUGCGGCAUCCUCUCCGUCUCCAGCUGGCAAUAUCUCCGUGGAUUCGGGUGUUUUGGACGUUUCUGGUGGAAGCAGCAGCGAGGGUCUCAGUCUCCCGUCCGCAGUGCUCUACAAGGAGGAACCGUCCCUCAGCACCACCGACCUGACCUCCGCCGCCCCUCCUGCCAAGCUGCCGAGCAUCGAGAGCGCCUUCAGCAGGGUCGGCGAGGUCUUCCGCGGCAACGACGUUCCUAUUAUUAUCAGCAGCAGCCUCGCCUCCGACGCUUCCACUGUGCAUCACUCUGACCCCGUGCCCUCUUACACCACCCUCAGGACCGUCUCCUCCCUGUACACCACCUCGUUCCCCGGCCCCUCGCAGCCCCUGCCACCUCACUCCACCCCGAGCUCCUUGCCCUCCCCGCCCACCACCUCCGCCUUCGGCCACGAGCCACUGUACUUUGACGCCUCGGGAAGCCUCGCCCACUAUCAGCCCAUCAGCCCGCCCGCCACCCUGCUCACGCCCGCAGACCCCGCCCACAUCCACCACCUCAUGCCGGCCAUCCACGCCUACCCGGCGGAGUACACUAUCAGACACGGGGACCAGAGCAGCACCGCGCCUGGGGUGGGCCUGCCGUACCCGUACACCACCACGGCAGCGCCUUCCUCCCUCGCCAGGACGCUCCGCACCACCACCACCACGCCGGCCACCGCCACCGCCAGCACAGGUGGUGUGUCCGUCGUGCGGGGGCUGGGGACCAACCUCGAGAAUCACCCCCGCACGGGCCCGGGGUCACGGGGAGGCCGCGCGCGUUCCCAGAGAGUUCAUGAGAAGUUAUCCAGGGAAGAGUACAAAAAGUCUGCCUGUGACCGGGAGAGGACGAGGAUGCGAGACAUGAACAACGCCUUCGACCUGCUGCGGGAGCGCCUGCCCUUCUGCCGCCCCCCGGGGAAGAAGUGCUCCAAAAUAGACAGUCUGAGCGGGCGGGACCGUUUCCCCUCCAAGCUGGAGACUCUUAGGCUGGCUAUUCGGUACAUCCGCCAUCUGGCCAACACCCUCUCCUCUCCCGAGGGCACCAUGUACCCUGACUUCGACCCUCCCCCUUACAACGUCACCUCCGUCCCGCCGAACCUGAGACUCCAGCAACGCCUCUACGCCCCUCAGUCCGUUUCCGCACACUCCUCCGCCCUGGCCCUCUACUCCACGGGCCACCCACUGGAAGGACUGGACUAUCCAUUUAUGCCUCAGACGCUAAGCACGUCAGUCGCUCAUGAUUACCUUCGAGAACCUUACUGGGAAACUAAUGCACCCCUUCCAGAGUACCAAUAUUGAUCAGGAAGGGUAUUUACUACUUAGGCACGUUCAACUGGUCUAGUCAUCUUGCCUGGGACGUAGUUUAUUGGUAGUUGACUAGGUAGAGGAUGGGAACGCUCAACAGCAUGCCAUUGUUGUUGUCCACUGGCUGAGAGAGCUUUAAAUUAGAGUUGUUUAAGAUUGCCGGUGGAGUGAGUGAGUGAAUGAAUGAAAAUGAAUGAAAAGAGAGAGAGAGAGAGAGAGAGAGAGAGAGAGAGAGAGAGAGAGAGAGAGAGAGAGAGAGAGAGAGAGAGAGAGAGAGAGAGAGAG